ACUAUCAAAUUCGUGCAACUAGGUUUUACAAUUUACAAGCAAUGAAAACCCAAAUCCCGUUGGUGAAAUGACAAAAUGGACUGCUAUGAACCUUCGGAAACUUACUUCCCUCCAAAAACCUCAACCGCUUUACCUGAAAUUUAAACCCUUCAGCAGCCUCUCAACCCUCUCCGUCUCCUCCUCCGACGAGUUUCUCCCCGCAGAUUUCGAAUCCAUCGACAACCCACGGACCCGAGAAAGCAUCGUCGCGCCCACUUCAUUGUAUUACUCUAAGCUUCUAUCGAGAUGCUGCAAAACCAGAUCUCUAGGCGUGGGCAAAUUGGCCCACGCCCACUUGACAAUGUUCGGGUUGUCGGGAGACCCGAGACUCCGCAUCCACUUGAUCACGCUGUACUCGAAGUGCCGAGAUUUCGGGCACGCCCGCAAGCUGCUCGAUCAAUGUCCUGAACCAGAUCUUGUCUCGUGGUCUGCCCUGAUUUCUGGCUACGCCCAGAAUGGGUAUGCGGAGGAGGCAAUCUUGGCUUUCCGGGAGAUUCACAGUUUGGGCCUCAGGUGUAACGAGUUCACAUUCCCGAGCGUUCUCAGGUCGUGCUCAAUAGCGGGAUAUUGGAUCUUGGGGAAGCAAGUUCAUGGAAAAGUGAUUGUCACAGGGUUUGAUUCUGAUGAGUUCGUCGUGAACUCAUUAGUUGUCAUGUACGCAAAAAGCGGAGUGUUUCAGGAUGCUAGAAGGAUUUUCGACUCGAUUCCUGACAGAAAUGUUGUUUCGUGGAAUUCUUUGGUCUCAUGUUAUGUGCAGAGUAACUUCUUUAAGGAAGGGAUUCAUAUGUUUGAGAAGAUGAUUCUAAGUGGAGUAAAACCUAGCGAGUUUAGUCUGUCUAGCAUAUUAAAUGCCUGCUCGGGUCUUGGGGAUAUCGAUCGGGGAAGGAAAGCACACGGGUAUUUGAUAAAGCUAGGUUAUUGUUCUGAUCAUUUCUCAGAGAAUGCUCUUGUAGAUAUGUAUGCAAAAGCAGGAGAUCUUGAAGAUGCAGCGACUGCUUUUAAGGAAAUUCUGGAGGCUGACAUUGUAUCUUGGAAUGCUAUUAUAGCGGGAUGUGUUCUUCAUGAGCAACAUGAAGAAGGUUUGAAGUUGUUGCUGCAAAUGAAAAGAUCAGGAAUUUGUCCCAACUUGUUCACCCUCUCGAGUGCUCUCAAAGCUUGUGCGGCAUUGGAGCUUGAGAAAUUUGGUAGGCAGUUACACUGCAAUGUCAUAAAGAUUGAAACGACUUUUGACAAGUUUGUGAGUGUUGGAAUCGUGGAUAUGUACGCUAAGAGUGGUCUGGUUCAUGAUGCAAGAAGGGCUUAUGAUCUGAUGCCGCAAAAGGACUUAAUUGCGAUGAACGCUCUGAUUUCAGGGUAUUCACUGAACAGGGAAGACUUUGAAGCUCUUUCACUCUUUGCCGACAUGUAUCAGGCCGACAUAGGUUUCAAUCAGACCACGUUGUCCUCAGCUCUCAAGUCAUUGGCUGCUUUGCAGGAUAUUAACUUGGGAAAACAGAUACAUAGCAUUUCAGUAAGGUCAGGGCAGAUAAAUGAUAUUCAGGUGAUAACGAGCUUAAUUGAUGCAUAUGCAAAAUGUGCAAAUAUAGAAGCUGCGCGAAAAGUUUUUGAGACAUGCCCUGUUGGAGAUAUUGUGGCUCUCACCUCGAUGAUUGCUGCAUAUGCCCAGUUAGGGCAAGGUGAAGAAGCUGUUAAGCUGUACGUGAAACUGUUAGAUAUGGGUAUUAAGCCCGAUCCAUUUGUUUGCAGCUCAGUCCUAAAUGCUUGUGCGACUUUAUCAGCAUAUGAACAGGGCAAGCAAGUCCAUGUUCACAUCACAAAGUUCGGGUUCAAGGGGGAUGUUUUUGCCGGAAAUUCGCUUGUUAACAUGUAUGCUAAAUGUGGCAGCGUAGAAGAUGCAGAAAGGGCUUUUUGGGAAGUACCCGAGAGGGGCAUUGUCUCGUGGUCCGCUAUGAUUGGUGGGCUAGCUCAACAUGGGCACGGGAAAGAGGCAUUGGAGUUAUUCAAUCGGAUGCUUGAGGAUAAUGUCCCGCCCAAUCAUAUAACCUUAACUAGCAUUCUCUGUGCGUGCAAUCAUGCAGGCUUUGUGGACCAGGCAAAACGGUUCUACAAGUCCAUGGAAGAGUCCUUUGGAAUCACACCCACUCAGGAGCACUCUUCCUGCAUGAUAGAUAUCCUGGCCCGAGCAGGGAAAUUAAAUGAGGCAAUGGAGCUCAUUGAAAGAACACCCCUUGAGGCCAAUGCCCGUGCUUGGGGAUCUAUCCUUGGGGCUGCUAAAGUCCACAAGAAUGUUGAGCUCGGGGAAAGAGCAGCACAAAUGCUAUUUUCUUUGGAGCCCGAGAACACUGGGACCCAUGUUCUACUCGCGAACAUCUAUGCAUCAGCAGGAAUGUGGGAAAAUGUCUUAAAUGUUCGGAAGCUGAUGAAACAUCGGAAUGUGAAGAAAGAGCCAGGUAUGAGUUGGUUGGAGGUGAAGGACGAGAUACACACCUUCAUAGUGGGUGACCGGGCACACCCAAGGACAGAGCAUAUUUAUGCAAAGCUGGAGGAGCUGAGUGAACUUAUGAAUCGGGCCGGGUAUGUUCCAGAGGUAGAGGUGGACCUUCACGAUGUGGAUAAGAGUGAGAAGGAGAGGCUUCUUUACCACCACAGUGAGAAACUUGCAGUGGCUUUCGGGUUGAUUGUUACACCAAAGGGAGCUCCAAUCAUGGUUAAGAAAAACCUUCGAAUAUGUGUCGAUUGUCACACUGCGUUCAAGUUCAUAUGUAAGAUUGAGGCGAGGGAGAUCAUUGUGAGGGAUAUAAACAGGUUCCACCAUUUCAAAGACGGGUCAUGUUCUUGUGGGGAUUAUUGGUAGAAUCAAACAACGAAAGAGCCGUGUUCUUGUGGGGAUUAUUGGUAGAAUCAAGCAACGAAAGCCCGUGCUGCUCAUUCAUUGUU